AUGGCGCAUAGAACACUUGCGGAUGCAAUGGAGUUGAUGGCUGCUGCCAUGGCUCAGGAAGCUGUCAGUAGGACUGCUGACAGGGCAGCACAAGAAGCGAGGAGAGGCGGAGAGGAUGAGCUGAGGCUCGAAAGGUUCAUGAACAACAAACCGCCGAUCUUCAAAGGUGGAUAUGAUCUGGAUGGUGCUAAAAUUUGGUUGGAGGGCAUCGAAAGAAUUUUUGGAGCCAUGCGUUGUCAAGAUGAGCAUAAGGUUUUGCUCGGUGGUUAUGUUCUCCACGAUGAAGCUGGUCAUUGGUGGGGAAAUGCGAAGCAAAGAUUGGAAGCUGUUGGAGCUGUUGGAGCCGUGAUUACUUGGGCUCGUUUCAAAAGAGAAUUUCUUACAAAGUACUUUCCUGCGGAUGAGAGAAACCGCAAAGUGAUUGAAUUCAUGGAGUUGAAGCAGGGUAACAUGUCUGUGUCCGAAUAUGCUGCAAAGUUCGGAGAUUUAUGUCGUUUUGCUCCGCACUACAACACCUUGGAAGCGGAGGAAGACAAGUGUGUAAAAUUUGAGAACGGUUUGAGGCCGGAGAUCAAGAUGUUGAUUGGGUUUAAUGAGAUUAGGAACUUCCCAAUGUUAGUGAACAAAAGCCGAAUUUGUGAUAAAGAUAGUCGAGCCAAGACUAAUUAUUACAAAGCGGUUAAUGAAAAGAGAGGAAGAGAUAUGGGAAGGGGAAAACCAUAUGGCCGUGGAGGAGGUAGGAAACCCGAUGAAAGUGGUCCUAGUGGUGGACGAGGUGGAGGUGCUGGUAAUUGUUCUAUUUGUGGAGUGCCGGGACACCGUUUCUUCGAGUGCCCGAAGAAAGAUGGAAGAUGUUACAAAUGUGGGGAUCCUGGUCACAAGGCGGAUCAAUGCAAGAAAGGAGUUAUUUGUUUUAAUUGCAAAGAGCCGGGUCACAAGAGCAACGUAUGCAAGAAGUCGAGGGCGGCCGGAGGAAAAGUGUUUGCCUUAGACGGUGGUGAUGUGGAAGCUGACAACUUGAUCAGAGGUACGUGCUUUAUCAAUAAUACUCCUCUAUCUGCUAUUAUUGAUACGGGUGCUACCCAUUCGUUUAUUUCCUCGGAUUGUGUUAAGAGGUUGAACCUUAAGGUAGAGAAUAUACCGGGGAGCAUGGUUAUAGAAACGCCGGGUAGUGGUUCCGUAGUUACUACCCUUGUAUGUUUGGACUGUCCCGUAACGGUGUUUGGUCGACACUUUGGCAUGGAUUUGAUUUGUAUUCCUUUGCGUAAUAUGGAUGUUAUUUUUGGUAUGAACUGGUUAGAAUUUAAUCGAGUUCAUAUCAACUGCUGUAAGAAGACUGUGUUGUUUCCGAGGCCAGAGCCAGAGUUGUGUUCGAAGCUUAUGUGUUGUCGGGAAGUGGCAAGAUCUGUGAAAGCUCAAGAUGAUGUGUUUGCUAUGUUUGCAUCGUUGAGAGUGGAAGAGAAGAUGACAUUUUGGAUUUACCACCUGAGAGGGAAGUUGAAUUUUCCAUCGACAUAG